AUGAGUGGAAUUUCUAAACUGGUUGACUGCUCUGCAAAUGUUAGGACGGAGCACGAGCGAGUACUAGGGGGCGAGGGCGACCUAGUAAGCAGAGGGUUCCGCCGCUGGGGGCAGGGAGAGGUGAAGGGGAAAGGUGAUGGCGAAGGGGUGGAGAGAGAGAGAGAGGGGGGGGCACCGGGGGUGGUGAAAUCGGGUACGGGAAGCGAGAGGUGGGGAGGGGUGCGAGGGGCGGGGAAGGGGGAGGGGAUGGGUCUGCGCGCCGGUGGUAAUUCAUUUCUGGCGGGCUUGGUGUGUACUCAGCGCGCUCUCAUCCGGCUGCACGGGUUUGGGCCGCGCACGCGGAAAUGCAAAGCAGUGCGGCGCGCUCCCCUGUGCCCGUGCCCCGCGCCCUCGCGGGCCCCGCCCGCUCGCGCGCCGGACUCGCCGGGGACGCCGCUCCCGUACUCCCGGCCUCCACCCCGCUCACCCAUCUACCACUGCUCGCGCGAGUUAAUCGACUAUUUCAUUUGCUCCCGCUGGAAAUUAAAAUCUAGUUUUUUUCCCUGGCCGCGGCGGUCGGCGGGGACGAGCGACAAGGCGGCAGCAGCGGGGGGGGGGAGGCAGAGCGGGCGGGAAGAGGCCUCGGGGAGGGACAUUGAUCGCCGUCGCCCGUGUUGGGAACGAACUCGCGACGCCGCGACUCGGCUUCGACCCUGCCCUGCGGCCUGGGCCCUGCGGAGAAUCGCCUCCCUGGCAGCGGACGAUAAGCUACGGCGGGCGUGGACGAGAGAGGACGGCACGCAGCUGGACCCGGCGGAACCCGGAACGAGCCCUCUAGGGGAUCCGAGCCAGCCUCUAAAGGGCAAAGCCGAGGGUCGUCGCGAGCCCUACCAGGGAGUGGGUUCGAGCUUCCUAAUGGACAAUAAUCAGCUGUUCCCACAACGGACCAUGGCGACAGGGGUGGCGAUCCUUGGCUGCGAAGCCCCUGGUGCACAAUCAGCACGCGCGUUCUGGUCCCCGUUGCAAGUCAGUUUAGUAUGA